AUGACGGAACCUUUAAUGGACAACACUCUCGAUAAUACCACUCUAGCCACCAUUGAGCUUCUCGAGGCUCGCCUUCUCCGCUUGGAGCACAUCGUCUAUGGCCCCGCCGGCAACCCCGAUGCGAUUCCCGAGUCCUCGGCCACCAGCACGAUGCGCGACCUAGAGCGCCGCUUCCAGGCUUUAGUGUCCAGGUCACGAGUCUAUCAAGAUCUGUUGAAAAUUUACAACGAGCACCCCUCCCUCUUCGUCUCCGAAUCGCAACACGCACAGUCCGACAGCAAAGCCAAACAACCUCCGACACAGCUCGACCCGGCCGCCGUGCGCGCCAUAGUCCUGGCCUCGGCCUCGCAGUACCAUGGCACCGCCUCCGCACUCGCGGCCGUCACCCAGGACGUGCCCGUGCCCGACCCGGGACUGAGUGCGAGCCUCGUGGCCACGGCGCCGCGAGCCAGGGCCAUCGAGGCUAUGCAGCGCGCGCAGACAGCCGAGGUUGCCGAGUUGCGGGCGAGGAGCGAGCGCCUGCUAAGGGCUUGGUACGAGGGCCGCGUGCUGAAGUACAGUAAAUUCGUGGCCGACGCGGAGGGGCGAGUCCAAGACGUCGAAAAAGCCGUGCUGAGGGCCGAGGCAAUGAGGGCAGAGGGCGAUAAGGUCGGUCCUCCCUAUGUUCUGGCUGCGAAGAGAACAGCAGAAGAUCUGGACGAGUGGAUCAGCAAGGUACACUUUUCACUUGGUAAUCAAUCUGGGCGAAAUGUCUACCCGGUCUUCGCCUCAUGUAUGCUCAAGAUCCUGGAUCAUGACUUGGUCGGACAGGGCAAGCUAACGCGCACAGACGAUAUACACUUGAAAAGGUACCGCAGGCGUCGCCAUGUCGUUGGACUCACGGCACGCUAUAAAUACAGCAACCUUGAUAUAGCUCUCUCCAUGUCCUACUGUCCGGAAACGGACAUCACCACGGCUCUGAUGGUUGGUCCCACUGUCCGGCAGACCGAGUUCAUCCGCGCUCAGGUCUGCAGGCUGGCCCGAAUCGCCCAUCACCCGGCGUUGGUGCCGACACUCAUGGUAGAGUCCGUGCGCAGCGUGCUAGUUCACAAGAUCACCCGUAUGUGCGUAACCAUCAGGUCGUUGGAAAGAAACUAUAAGGGGAUAUCGCCAAUAAAUAUCUGCGUGCAAUCUGUCGACAUGGCCAAGGAUCUCGCCAUCACGGAAAUGGAACUGGAAAUGCUGGAAACGCAGCGAGCCGAGACCGUUGACCUUGUCCGGUUGACAUCAGAUGGUGGCCCGCGUUCGGAGAAGGGCAAGGAAAAAUCACGCGCCGACAUGGUGGAGAUUGGGCUCGUGCUAGAGGAGAGGCUGGACUUUUUGUUGAACACGACCAAGCACCCACGCCUGAUGGUCCGUAUGUUCAAGGAGCGUAGUGUGGCAGUGUUCUCACUGGCCGCCAGCCCCAAUGCCAUCAACACAGCAGUCACGGUGGCCCAAAUCCGGCAAACGCUAAAAGACCACCUAGGUCAAAGCACGGACAUGUUUUGGUGGUUCAGGGUGGUUGUGUUGACUGUCAUCAUCUUUACACCAGGAAUCUUUGCCACGACUCUUUUUUCGACAUCGUUCAUGGCCGGGGUAAGCCCCCCUCAGUGGAUGUUCUGGGCUACCGCGGUGUCAUUGACGGUAGGGAUCCUGGUCGCGCUCGGAAUCUGGAGGCUGUGGAAGCCUCCUAAGUGGCUCUUGCGUUGGCCCGAUAUGGCCAGCUGGAUGAGGAACAUCAAGUACAAGGUGCGGCGCAGGUUUGGGCUCAAUGACGAUGCAUCCAGCACGAACACGGGAUCCACCUUUUCUGUCGUCGACGACGACGCAUAA